GAUCAUCGGACACAGCGGAUCCCUCGGACACAGCGGAUCACAGAAAGAGCCAAAGAUGUCGGCUCGGUCAUGUGAUCAGCUGUGUCCAAUCACAGCUGAUCACAUGGCACUGAUGAUCAGUGUGCCCUGAUAAUCAGUGUGGCCCCAGAAGUGCCACCUGUUAGUGCCCAUCAGUGCCACGUGCCAGUGCCCAUCAGUGCCACAUCAAUGCCACAUAUCAGUGCAUACCAGUGCACAUCAAUGCCACAUAUCAGUGCCCAUCUGAGCUGCCUUUCAAUGUCCUCCAUCAGUGCCAGUCAGUGCCACCUAUCAAUGCCAAUCAGUGCCACCUAUCAGUGCUGCCAAUCAGUGCCAGUCAGUGUCGCCUAUCAGUGCGCAUCAGUG